CUUUCCCAAUAAAAAACCCUAGUAAUUAAUAUUCCCAAAUUUCUUGCUGAUUUCUAAAGUUCCGUUCUUGAUUCGACGAUGUCUCAGUCCGACGAACUUACCUUCCCAGAACCGGACCCGAACACACAUUCCCAUUCACGUACCCAAACCCUCGAUCACCUCGCCCGCCGCGGCACCAUUUUUUGCCCCGUUACCGACCAUAAUCCCUUCGAUUCCCAAAGCUACGACUCGGACUGGUUCUCCGAUUUAGGCUCCGGCUCGGGCCGCGAUGUGGGCAACUUCCUCAACGACCUCUUUGAGGAAGUGGGUCGCUCUAAUGAUGAUGAUGAUGAUGAUGAUGAUGAUGAUGAUUUACACGCUUUCGACGUACCCGGCUCUGUCUCCGAUCCGUUUUCCGAGUUUGAAUUCGGAAAUGGUGGCGAAUUAGGCCCGGAUCACGAAGUGGAUUUACAGUGGCUGGGUUUUGGAGUUAAACUCGAUUUCGAUACGCAGCGCUCGGGUACCGAUGGUCUCUGCAUUGCUGGGCACGACUCUGAGUCGGAUCGGGAUACGGAAUCCAGUUCCGUGGAUUCUAAUAUUCGUGGGGACAGAUUUUGUUUGGAGGAGCAGGGGAAUGGGCUUGAGGUUCUCCUUCCAGAGGGUUUCGAAUGGGAGGAAGUGGAAGACGGCGUUUUUAACCAGAGAGAAAACUUAAGCAUAAUGGUCGAGAGGGUCGAAGAAUUUUCGGUAGCUUCCUCCGAAGAAGAAGUAGAGGUGCGAAAUCUUGAGUGGGAAAUUCUAUUAGGUGCAAAUAUGAGGUUAGAGCGUGAACUUGAUGGGGAUUCGGACUCGUUCCUAGCAGCUUUUCAGGGCGAAAGUGAUGCAGAUACGGCUGAAUUUGAUGCCGUUUUCAGGCGAGUUGUGGAGAUUGAAACGGGUAAUCCUCCGGCGGCGAAAAGGUUUGUGGAGAAUCUUCCCUCUGUGGAGUUAACGGUGGAGGAAUUACUGAUGAACACUGUGGUUUGCGCAAUUUGCAAGGAUGCGAUUGUGGUGAAAGAGAAGGUGAGGCGGCUUCCGUGUUCUCAUUACUAUCACGGGGACUGCAUUGUGCCGUGGUUGAGCAUAAGGAACACCUGUCCCGUUUGUCGGUAUGAGUUGCCCACCGAGGAUCCUUAGUAGAGGGUUGGUGGUGGUGGUGGUGGUGGCAGCGGGGAGCUGCGUCCUGAGGGGCUGGGCUUGCAGGUUAGCUACUUGCUUAAUUGUCUUCUCUAAGUAAAUACCUUUUUUUUCCAGAUAUAGUCUCAUCUCUUUCUGAAUUGAUGAGAACGAAGCUUGUAAUGGUUUUUAAUUGUUAUAUAGCUAUUUACAUAUUACUAUUAAAUAUUUUCUUUGUUGUCAUGGAAAAAAGCUGCCCUUUAAUGAGAAUUUGAGUUUUAGUGGUGCUUCUGCGCCAAAAUUUGUACACAUUGAGAUUUGAUUGUGUUCAUUGAGAGAAUCCUUUGAUUUGUGAUUCAA